AUGAAGGUGAAGGUCAUUUCGCGGAAUGAAUCGGAUUACACCAGAGAGCGCAAGUCGGACAUUGUGAAAGUCUUCCACAACCCAGAUCCGGCGUUGCAUCCAUUUGAACGAGCAAGAGAGUACAAGCGAGCGUUGAACGCUGUCAAGUUGGAUAAAGUCUUCGCCAAGCCCUUUGCUCGAUCCUUGUCGGGCCAUCGAGAUGCCAUCUCGUGCUUUGCGAGGAGCAAGCAACGGUUGGUCGAUGUGGCGUCAGGAAGUUGCGACGGAGAGCUGAGGCUCUGGGACCUCUCGACCGGCAACUCUCGAUGGAGCACGAUCGCGCACACGGGCUUCGUGCGGGGAGUGACCUUCUCGCGGGACGGGGAGAACCUCUGGAGUUGCGGGGACGACAAGCUGGUGAAGAUGUGGGGGAGAGACUAUGAGUCAGAGGUGGGGGAGGAAAGGGCAGUCGAGCCUGAGCUCACCCUCAUGGGCCAACACGCGUUCCUGGGCAUCGACCAUCACUGGAAGGAGUCGUUGAUCGCCACGUGCGGGGUAGACGUUCAUAUCUGGGACCCCCAGCGAUCAGAACCGCUCCACACGCUCUCAUGGGGCAGCGAGAGCGUCGUGUCUGUUCGGUUCAAUCCGGUCGAGCACAACGUGUUGGCAUCGACGGCAUCAGACAGGAGCAUCAUCCUCUACGACAUCAGGACCGCGACCUCGCUCAGAAAGCUGGUGCUCAACAAGAGGAGCAACCGACUCUGCUGGAACCCUAUGGAAGCUUUCAACUUCGUGGUUGCCAAUGAGGAUCACAACCUCUAUACCUUCGACAUGCGCAAGUUCGACUCUGCUCUGUGUGUGCACAAGGACCAUGUGUCUGCUGUCCUCGACGUUGACUUCGCCCCAACGGGACGGGAGUUCGUCUCCGGCAGUUACGAUCGAACUGUUCGCAUCUUCAAGUAUAAUGCCGGGAGAAGUCGUGAGGUCUACCACGGCAAGCGGAUGCAGCGAAUCUGGUCGGUUCUCUUCUCAGGAGACGCCAAGUGGGUCCUUUCAGCGUCUGACGACUUCAACAUUCGCUUGUGGAAGGCAAACGCAAGUGAGAGCGUGAAGCCGCUGCUUCCAAGAGAGCAAAGGAAGUUGGAAUAUCUCGACAAGCUCAAGGACAGAUUCAAGGAGACCGCGGACGUCAAGCGCAUAUCCCGCCAUCGUCACCUCCCCAAGGCGAUCCUCAAGGCUACGAAGCUCAAGGGCAUCAUCAAGGACUCGAAGAAGAGGAAGGAGAACAACGUCAGGAAGCAUUCCAAGCCAGGAGCCGUCCCCUACGUGGCGGAGAGGAAGAAGGAGAUUGUCAAGGAGUUAGAGUGA